AUGUUUUUGAGGAAUUUGUUUGAAAAUGAGAAGGCUAGGCAAACAAGUGUGACAGUGUGUAGAGAUCAUGAAAUUGAAAAGGAUGCUUUCAGUGUAGGUGAACCAGGGUCACCACCUCAUUUUUCUCCGGAGAAGGUGCAGGAGGAGAAGGAGGUGGUUUCUGCAGCUUAUGAAGUUAUAAACUACGGUGUUUUUGUAACUACAGAAGUUGCUGACCAUACGAAGGACGAUGAUCAGAGUGUUACAUUGAACCAUGCCGACGAAGAUGUUGAAGUUCCAGAAGCUGAAGAUGAAACUGAUGAAACAUGCAGAGACAAAUUUGAUUGUGAGAACAUUGAGAAUGGCAAGAAGUUGGACGAGGAAAACCAUCCAGAGAUCAAAGUAUAUGUUGGUCUCUUUUCUGAUAGUCCUGAAGCAUAUUCAAAAGUUGUCUUUAUAAAAACUGAAAGUCGACAGCCAGUACAAAGUGCAGAGAACUCGUCUCAGGAAGCUGAAAAGUUAUGUACAGUUGUUCCUCUUGACAUUGAGAAAGAAAUGCUGGAGGAGGAAAGUCAAUAUGGUGAAAUUGCCUCCAGCAAUACUGCUUUACUACUUCCAUCUACAUUUGCAGCAGAAACUCCAGAUGGGAUUGAAGUUCCUGAUGAAACAGCAUUCAGCGGAGAGACUAGUUGCAGCAAGGGAUAUUGCAAUGAUGGUAAAACAAAGGAAAAUGAGUCUGAAGAAAAAUUACAUGAUGUACUAACAUCUGUUGCUCGGGUAGGUAUUCACGAGGGUUCCAAAGGAAAGUUACGGUCAGGUGGCAGUGUCAUUCAGGUUCUAGACAAGAGUGAUGAACAAGUUGAUGAGGAGAAAAUUCAGGAAGAUUCAGAUGGGUGCUUUGAUGAAAUCGCUCACAAAGCUGAUGAUGAGAAGGCUGGGCAAACAAGUGUCACAGUGUCUUCAUUUCAUGAUAUUGAAAAGGAUGCUUUCAAAGAAGAUUGUGAACCAGGGUCACUGCUUGAUUUUAAGUCUGAGAAGUUGCUGGAGGAAGAAGAGUGCGACUCUCCAAAUGCUUCAAAUGAGAUGGAGUCCCCGGCUUAUGAAGUUUCACAGUCAGUGCUACAAAUUGAGCAGCCCGAGUUUGGUGAACUUAAAAGUCAUGAGGAUUUUGCUUUGGACUUGACCAGAAGCACUUCAUUUGCGGCUAAUGAUGCUAACAUAGAAGAUAGCAGUGGAAGAAUGGACAAUGGAUUAGAUACCAAGGACAAUUCAGAAACAGCAAAUAUCGAUGUUGUAACUUCAGAAGUUGCUGCGGUCAAUAUGGAUUAUUUGGUUGAGGGAGGACCAGAAGAUACAAAUGAUGGUGGUCACAGUGUUUCAUUGAACAAUGGCCAUGAAAGUAUUAAAGUCCCUGAAGCUAAAGAUGAAACUGAUGCAACAUGCUCCGUUGAAAAGAUUGAUUAUAAGAACAUUGAGAAUGCCAACAAGUUCGACAGGGAAAACCAUACAGAGUUCAAAUUAUAUGAUGAUCACUGUUGUGACAGUCCUGAAGCAUGUUCCAGAAAUGGCUUAGGGCUGAAUGUUUCUCCCUGUCAUGAAGACGGAAAUGGCUCUCAUGAUUUAAGUGGCGAGAGAAAUGAUACAACCAAAAAAGAAGCAACGACUAAAGACAUGGGAGAUAGAGUUACAACCAACAGUAAGUCAAAGUUCAGCGGAUAUCAUGAAGACUUACCAGAUGCUACAGAUGACUUGAACAAGGAAAACAAUGCACCUACUUCACAUUUUGCUGAAGAACUGUUUGAUGACCAUACAGGUGCAACUGAGGAUGCUGCUUUUGUCAACAACAUUGAUUGGGUGAUUUCAAAUCAGCCUUUAUAUGGCAAUGGAACUGAUGAUGACAAAUCUAUUGGAAAUGAUGACGUAAAAGACAUGGGAGAAUCAAGUGAAAAUUUUGAUAAUGGAAUCUCUGAGCUUCAUGUUCACUCUGCCGAGUUCACCACUAUGGAAGUGAAUACAAGUUUGGGUAAUGUUGAGGAAGAUGGCACCAAAAAAUUACAUGAACUCUUGGAGGAAGCCAAUUUAGAAAGCAAGAAUGAUGAGAAUGACAAAGCAGUAGAGGAAGAUUUGGUACUGACUGAAGAAUCUGGUCAAAUCUCCGAGAGGCAACUUGGUGAACAUGAGCAUCAUAUGGACCCAGUUGUUUUGGAAAAGAUAAUAUUAGGAGGCGGAGAAAGUUCAAAUGAGCAAGAUGAUGCAUCUGCCAUCAUCCAAGAGUAUAUGGAGCGUGAGACUCAUGGGGAUGAAUUCAUAAAGAUCAACGAUUCUUAUGCUUCUGAGAAUGGAGAAGGAAGGAUGUCAGGAGUUGCAGAGAUUGAGGGCUAUGAUUGUGGUGCUGCGGAUGAUGCGGAGAGGAAUAGUAUAGCUCACCCUGGCAUUGAGAACAUGUUAAGAGAUAGUGGAGAGAAAGCUGGUGAUGAGAUCAUGGAAAGCAGGAUUUGUUCUUAUAGCGUUGAUCAUGGUGCUAAGUUGGUGGAUGAAUCACUGUUUUUUCCAUGUAAAUCUGUGGAUGGCUGUCGGGGGGAUGAGAAAAGCUCUGCGGAUAUCGAGUUAUUGGCUAAUACCACUAUUGGUGAAACUUUAACAGGAAAGGAGUCCGAAUGUCAUAUAGGCAGAAAUUCUGCAACAAAAAGCGAAGGAAUGGAUAUGGCUACCGUGGAGAGAGGAAUUGUUUCCACGGCAAUGGAUUCACCCAUGCAAGGAAAUAAUCAGCUUGGAACUGAUGAAGUAGGCUCAGGAGAGCGUAGAAGUGUAUCGAAAGAAGCUUAUCAGACAGAUGAUGUUGAUUCUCUGGAUUUAAACAAUCUUUUCAGCAGCAAUAUCAGAAAUACCAUCAAGGCUACUCCCAAAAAAGUUGAAGAACACAAUUUGUAUAAUCCAGAAAACAAAGAAGCAUCUUUUGCUGCAUCCAAGGACACCGAAAAGGAUGUUCACUGCUCUACUCUUUCCUUGGUGACUGCUUCUUCCAGUGAUGACAUGCACUUCAAGCGUAAAGAGAAGAACCCAUUGGAGUUUAUUGACAAGUCGCCUUUAUUCACUAGUUUCGAGCUGAAAUUGUUUUCUGAAGGUGGCAAAGGAGAGGAGGUUGAGAAACUAUAUGAAAGGAAUUUUGAAGAGAAGGACAAUGUGAUGAGUGAAAGUAGUGAGGAAGAGAAGAAAGGGGUUGAUAACGUUGUUUCUGUUUCACAAGUUUCUGCAGAGUGUUGUCAUCUUGAGAACAAAAUGGCUUCGAACACCGAGAACCAAUUCCCGGUUGCUUUUGAAGAUUCCCACCGCGAGGAGAGUCGGGAAGAAAACUUGAUGAGAAGCAUUAGUGGAUCUGCUAAUCCUGCAAGGAAGAGCAACAGUAGAUAUAUGGUCCCAGUGACUCCCAAGAGUGUUCAGAAACUCAAUGCCAUGAAAGAAAACAUUGGAACCGCUAAGAGAUGCGUAACAACCUUACAGAGAUCAAAAAGGCGACCACUCGGAGAUUUACAAAAGAAUUAGGAGACAUAACAGCCUCACAAAGACAAUAAAGGCGACCACUUGAAGACUUGCAAAAGAAUUAGUCUUGAACCUGAACCAUUAAUUAUUCUUUUGAUGAUAACCAAUCUUUUCUUUCUUUUUUUUUUUUUUUUUUUUUCCGUUUGUUUGGAAGAUGUAAAUGGCUUGGGACAUAACUCAUGACUUACGCAUAUCUCAUGCGUCCUGCAGAUUUUAGAUUGAA